CUCUCGAGUCCUAGGACAGGUGAGGAUGAAGGGCACACAGGCAGUAGCAUCUGCUAAAUGCUCCAUCCAUUGCUGGAAGCUAAGACGACUUUGGACUACGGCUGCAUGCUGAUGUCUACAGUAUGACUCCAGUGCUAAUGCUGCGGGCUGCCGAUGCCAAUUGCUAAUACGGCGACUGAUGCUCGUGCUAAUGCUGCUGCUAAUGCCGCUGCUACUGUACGAAAUGGCAGCAAGACAGAAGACUAAUGCCAGGCAGAAAGAAUCGAGAAAGCGAGACCACUGGAUGAGUCAAUCCACCUGCCCUGCCAGGGCCCGCGAUCUAAGAGAUGUGCGUCAGGCAGUGUGUUCUGCAUCCUCGGCCUGGACCGCCGUCUUUCGUUGGUCAGUUGUCGAGGCCUGCGAUGAUUUGCUGCUGCGGUGGCUUUGGCGCUGGGAGCCAGGAACCGCCGUUGGCAUUUUCUUGAAGAGCCAAUUGAUGCUCCAUCGCCAGCUUCAUCAGCCGCCCAGAUCCAUCACCCCAAACCACUGGGUCGUUUUACCACUGCUGGCCGUCUUCAUGGGCCAACAAUACCAAUUACAAUGUUUUGAAUAAGCGCAGACUCUAGAAGUCGUGGCUGGGAUUGGGU